CUCUCUUUAUAUUUUCAUUAGUUUGUUACCAUAAAGUUAUCCCUUUGAAUACCCAAAACUAAACCCUGAGGCCAACGCUAACGUCUCUUCUCCGACUCUGACCAUCACCUUUGAAAGCGGAGGCCGUGGUUUUUCGGCCGGGAGAUGCAAAAACAAUGCUUCAGGCUCUAAAUCUAAGACCCCCACCUCCCAUUCUCGCCCUAUCCUUCUCAGUUUCCGAUGACCCAACUUGUUCCCCCCUCCCAUUACGUCGCCCUCGUAAUCCAAUGCACAAUUGGGCGCUUUUGCAGUCCAAGCUCAAGUGCAACGGCAGAUUCUCAUGCCUUUUCUCCGACAAUCGAAAAGAGGAACAAGCAAGGAAGGCAUUAGAAAGUGCACUUGGGGGAAAGAAAAAUGAAUUUGAGAAAUGGAAUAAUGAAAUAAAGAAAAGAGAGGAGGUUGGCGGUGGCAGUGGCAGUGGUGGAGGACGAGGAGGUUGGUUUGGAUCAGGCGGAUGGUUUGGUUGGUCAGAUGACCAAUUCUGGCCAGAAGCACAACAGACCAGUCUUGCUGUUCUUGGUAUAAUUGUGAUGUAUCUCCUAGUUGCAAAGGGUGAACUGUUGCUUGCUGUUGUUUUCAACCCACUGCUUUAUGCUUUGCGCGGAACAAGAAAUGGAUUGACUUUUGUAACUUCAAAAAUUUUGAGAAAGUCCUCUGCUAGUAAUUAUGCUGAGGUUGAGAUGAUUUCAAACAAAGAUGUCUCUGCCAAAGAUAGAGUUGCAAGGAAAUGGGGGAGCGAUUGAUCUUUUUGACCUUCAAAUAGGUUGCUAUGUAAUUUUUUGGAAAAUGUUUGGCGUCUAGAAAUAGUUCUUUUUUUUUUUUAUGUGGAUUACUUUAUUUCAUGUUAAAGAAUAGUUUCCUUUCAAACCAGAUGCUUGAGUUUGUUCCCUUCACCAAAAAUCACCCCAAAAGUGAAAUAUAUUGGAUUGUAUAAUUACUCUUCAAACUUUGUUAUAUCUAAUCUGACAUUUAUUUUCAUAAACCUACA